CGACUCAGGAGUGUUUGGAAUAAAACGGUUGUUCUGCUCUUGAAGUUCUCUGAAACUGUACAAAGAAACUGGAAUAUAUUUCAGAAAGCUUUGGAAAUACAACAUCUAUGGGAGAAGACAGCGCUACUUUAAAGGACAGAAGAGCCGAGGUAUAGGAGGGCAGAGGUGUGCUGCAUGGGGGCCACGGCCAGGCCUUAUGGCAGGAGGAGCCCAGGUCUCUUUAAUUACAUCCUAUAGGAGCCUCUGAGGUGAAACAGUUCAUACGGAGACACUGAAAGAUCGUGUGCUCAUGAGGUCAUCCAUGCUGGUCCUGUUCCUUGUCUUCAGUGCCCAGGCUGUGGCCACCAUUAGAGGGGUCUCUUGCAGAGCCACAACAGCACAACAGAACAAUCCCACCUCCAUCCCCACUGUGGACCCUAAGCUCUUCAGGAAGCACCACUACCUCUCACCAAGGGUGCUUUUUAGCUCACAGCCCCCCGACGAGGAGCCAACAGGGGAACAGGGUAUCAGCAGGAGGUCUCGAAGGCGAGCAGGGCAGCCUCAGCACCGGGGGGUGUACUCAGUGUGUGAAAGCAUUAGUGUCUGGGUGGGCAACAAGACCAAAGCCACAGAUAUCUCAGGCAAUGAGGUGACAGUGCUCCCAGAAGUGAACAUAAACAAUGUUAACAAGAAGCAGUAUUUCUUUGAAACAACGUGUCACAGCACUCGCUCUGGAGGCUCGGGCUGUUUAGGAAUUGACGCGAGGCACUGGAACUCCUACUGCACCAACUCGCACACUUUUGUACGAGCGAUGACUUCAUUCAAGAACCUAGUGGCAUGGAGGCUCAUACGCAUCAACGUAGCAUGUGUGUGUGCACUCAGCCGCAAAUCAUGGCGGCAGUGAAGACUCACCACUAGGCUGCCACACAGAACACCAUUUAGACACAUUAAAAUGCAGACAGGUGUGUUUCUGCAUAUAACUUAUCACCAAAAACCUUUCACCCUCUGCACAAAGUAAGUUAUUAUAGUAUGUUUAUAAGUAUGAGGACUGCAAGUAUACACACCAGACCUGGGUCAAACAGUACCAGCAAGUAGUUUAUAGCUACUGAAGUGCUAACAGGAUUGUGAAAGUGUUUUAUUCAGCUGUGGUUUACAAAAUAACCAGUUUGUUGCGAUAAAAGUAUUGUUUUGCAACUUCAAAGCAGUAGAUGAAAUAUUUUCUACAGCAGAAACUUUGAAGUUCAACAUUUUUUUGUUGUAAAAACAUUUCUUAAAAAAGAUCUAUAAAACUACAAUUAGUGGCAUUUAUUGGCAAUACAAUUUAUGACACAAAUGUUUAGGAUCAUCAAAAACCUUUUAAUAUCAAACAAAGAUAAUCAGAGUAAAUAUAAAAAAACUGUUUUAAAAUUAUGAUUUAAUUUACAAAGGUCUUCACACUAACCUGGCCUUCUUUGAUUGUUCUCCUUGUUAAAUCAAAAAAUUACCAGGUUUAACCCCUUUUUUAUUCAUAUACCUAGCCACACCCAGACUUGAUUACAUACUGACUCCAGUGAACCACAGGAAUGGCCAGCCUGCUAAAAUUAUUUUAAUAGCCCAUUGACAACUCAUCCAGGACGUCAUAAAAAACCCAAAGCAACAUCUAAAGCCCUGAAAGCCUCACUUGCAUCAGUUAAGGUCAGGGUUCUUGAUUCAACAUUAAGAAAGAGACUGGGCAAAAAUGGCAUCCGUGUGAGAUUUCCAAAGCAAAAAUUAUAGCUAACAUUAAAAAAAAAACACAAUAAAUUCUCAAUGAUGCCCAAUAUUAUGUGAAAUGAAGAGAUAAAGGUUACCCUUGUAUGUGUCCCAUUGCAAUUGACAUAAAACUAAAACAGUAUUUACAAAAAUGAUCAUAGAGUCUAAGACCUUUAAUAACUUAGCUACUCCCAGUAACUGAUGGAACCAAAAAUCCUGAAGAAGAAUGUCCGGCCAUCCGUUUGUGAACUUAAGCUCAGGUUCAUUUGAGUUUUGCAACAGGACAGUGAUGCAAAAUGUACCAGCAUAGUAUGCUUUGCAUGAUUUGUUUGAUGGUCAUAUAUAUUUAAAUGUGACAAAAACGCAAAAAUAGAUGAAGUCUAUCAGACUGGUAAAAACCUUUUCACAUUACUCUAUUUGUAUAAGCUUUAUUGGUUCCUUACCUUGAUUGUUGUGUGAAUCUAGGCUAGUGUGACAGCAAAAAGGGUGGAAUAAUCUAUGGUCUUUAGCUCAUUUCUUUUCCAUGAACUCAUUCAAAAAAAUUCUGAUGGUAAGGAAAGGAGAGGAGAAUUUUUUUUUAAGACUAACAAAAAGAGAACAGCACUGAAACUAGAAUCCAACCAUUCAGAAGCUAAGCAGUGAUGUAGGUAUUUGUAGUACUGCAACUUUUAGCAUUCAAAGAAAAUAAUUAAGGGACAGAACAGAUUCCUUUAUUUCACAGCAGAUGGUUUGUUGUUUUCUCUACUGAAAGAGCUGCAUAAUCGUUAGAUUUUUGGAAAAAGAAAUAAACAGUAUUCAACUGGUUGCAGCUUUUUACCAUUAGAUAUCACUUUGUCAAACUAAAUUAAAUGCAAUAUGAAAAUAAUAUACAUGUUUAAUCUUUCAAAAUUUUAAGCUACACUGUAAGAGCUUUUUUAAUCUCCCAAUUUCAAAAUGUCACUUUUACAAAAAAAUGGCCCAAGACUAACAGGAACUUUAAGUUAUUUCCAAAUGUCCAUGAUUACUGACUGCUCAAGAAAGAAAUGGAAGAUACUAAUAAAUGCACAGAGUACAAGAUAUAAUUUUAAUCCAGGAGCAUUUACACCGAAUUCAACUUUCUUAUGGCAUUUUGAAUGAUUUUGAUUCUAAUAAAACCACAAAGCAACUAUGGAAUUAGCCCCAUAUUUGUAGAUGCCACACUUGCCCUGCUGCAAUUUGUAAAUUAAUACAUAUUUUUACAACUGACAACAUUUUAUAUCGGAAAAAGAAAAAAACAUCCAGAUUUGGACAAAGAACCUGGCUUGUAGACCAAACCGCAGCUGCACUGUCAAUCACAGCUUCUAAAAACACAGCAUUUUGGUUUACAGGUUCAAGUGACUGUAGCUUCCACAAAGCAGAGGCUAAAAUCUAGCCAGUAGUAGCUGAGCCAGUAACACAGUGAAAGGCCUGUAAAAGUUUGGCACAGCAACACGGUCGAACUGCUUGUAAUCAUUUCUGCCUCGCUGUUGACCGUCUUACAGAAAGGCGUCAUGCUGAGAAAGAGUAAUAAAACUAUUCUGCUGAUACAAUUUAACCCAGGUCUGUUAAAAGUUAAGAUUUGUUUUUUUAUAAAUAAAUAAUUGUGUUUAUACUGUUAUUUAUUAAACAUAUACAAACAUGAA